GUUUGCUGGGAUGGGUAAUCUUCUUAAAGUCCUUACAAGGGAAAUAGAAAACUAUCCACAUUUUUUCCUGGACUUCGAAAGUAAGUUUGAAGGAGUGGGCAAGGGUGAAAAGCAUAACCUCUCAGUGAUUUCCCUCCUAUCAGCAUGUGGUUUGUAUCUGUGACUUCCCCCUUCAGUGCUGCUAAAAAUGUACAGACACGACUUCCUACCAGCGCACGGAGGACUCUCCUGACCCGCGGUGAAUCUGUGAUUUACUGUUCACAACACAAGACGCCUUCUCUUCUUCCUUCUCUCUUUCAGAAACCAAAUGGGGAAUCUGUUAAAAGUUCUCACUUGCACAGAGCUUGAACAGGGGCCAAACUUUUUCCUUGACUUUGAAAACGCACAGCCGACAGAGUGUGAGAAAGAAGUGUGGAACCAGGUCAAUGCGGUGCUGCAGGACUCCGAGAGCAUUCUCUCUGGCCUCCAGGCCUACAAGGGAGCCGGGCAGGAGAUAAGAGACGCCAUACAGAAUCCAAAUGACAUGCUGAUGCAGGAGAGAGCAUGGAACUCUGUCUGUCCUUUGGUCAUACGCCUCAAGAAGUUCUAUGGGUUCUCUUUGAGGCUAGAGAAAGCCCUGCAGAGCCUCUUGGAGUCUCUAACGUGCCCAUCACAAACUCCAACGCAGCACCUGGAGAAAGAGCAGGCCCUGGCCAAGCAGUUCGCUGAGAUCCUGCACUUCACCUUGCGAUUCGACGAGCUCAAGAUGAGAAUUCCAGCCAUUCAGAAUGACUUCAGUUAUUAUCGACGGACCAUUAGUCGAAACAAGAUAAAUAACAUGAAUUUGGACAUCGAGAACGAGGUCAACAAUGAGAUGGCGAAUCGGAUGUCUCUCUUUUACGCCGAGGCAACGCCGAUGCUGAAAACCCUCAGCACUGCAACGACAAAUUUUGUGUCUGAGAACAAAACAUUGCCCUUGGAGAACACCACAGACUGCUUGAGUACUAUGGCUAGUGUGUGUAAAGUCAUGCUGGAAACACCAGAGUACACCAGCAGAUUCAACAGUGAGGACACCCUGCUCUUCUGUAUGCGAGUCAUGGUCGGGGUCAUAAUCCUCUAUGACCACGUGCAUCCUGCCGGUGCCUUCACAAAGUCGUCCAAAAUCGAUAUGAAGGGGUGCAUCAAGGUUCUGAAGGAUCAGCCUGCAGAUAAUGUUGAAGGUCUACUCAAUGCCCUCAAGUUCACCACAAAACACCUGAAUGAUGAGACGACUCCAAAAGCCAUCAGAGCAAUGCUUCAGUAACAUUUUUUUAUAUGAAGAGGAUCUAUGUACUGACCUCAAGAGAUGUAUAUGUUUACAUAAUUUAAGGACUUGAUGUUAAUACUUGUGUGUAUUUACAUAGUCAUUCCCUCCAAUUUACUGAAACUUAGAAAGUGUACCUUUAUUCUAAAAUUAAUUGCCUAUGCUAUUGUUUGUUUGAAGCACAAAUUAAUUAUACCUUUCGGCCUUACAAACUGAGACAUGCAAAGUGCUUGGCGUGCAUCAUUUGAAAAAAAAUACGCAGUUACUGUAAGUGAGAGACCUUAAGGGGCAAAGUCAUUGGUUGUCAUUGUGCUCUGAGAAGCUUUGUGAAGGUAGCCAUGGUGAUGACUUGCAUUUUGAGGUAUUCUUGGUGAGUUUGUUUAAAUAGUUGUCUUCUGUGAGCGGUAACUGACAAAGAAAGGCAGUGUGCCAUGAGAAAUAUGUCUACCAAAUGUUUUUGUUUGUUAUUUGAAACCAUGUUGUGGCUGAGGUUGGGAUUUUUUUUUUUGGUAUGU